AUGGAUAGCGCGUUAAGUUCAGCCGUUACAAAUUUCCAGAACCAUAAAGAUUCUAAGGAAUCUGUAGAAGAGGCAGUACUGAAAUACGUUGGGGUUGACAUAAAAGAUCAUGGCAAAAAGAUUAAGAAGAAAUCUAAAAAGCAUGAUAAGAAAAAAAAACACGAUUCGAAAAUGUCCCAUGGGGAUAAGGACACGACUAUAGAUUUGUAUUUGAAAACAUCUGAUGUGAACAAUUCACGCAAAUUGGAUGAUAUUGGAUCAGGCUCCGUUGCUAUGGCCGCAAUUGCUGCUGCAUAUAACAGUCCGGCAAAGGAGAAGCACAAGAGAAGUCAUCAUAAAGGGACUUCCAAUGGUAAGUCAGAGAGAAGGAAAUACCACAAAUCGAAAAAAUCCAAAGAGAGGAAGGCAAAGAUAAAAAUGGUCCUGGAUCCAGAGUUAACAACACUAGACGAUGCCAUGACAGCACCAUCCUCGUUCUCACCCGAUGACCUCAUUGCUGAAACAGCUUUUGAUAAAUAUGUUGAUGCUGAAAAAACAUACUUGGUUAAACACCCAAAUCAACUGGCACAAGUUGACGAAAAUACUGAAGAAAAGGAUGUCAAUAAUAACAAUAUCACUUUUUCGAGAAUAUACACCGAGUUGGGUGAAAUUCCUAACGAUGGCAGCUACAUCAAGCGAACGGCAAAGCUGCCCAAAAAAUAUGCCAAUUUAGAGGUGUCACAACCGAGGCUGGAUCAGGAGAGAGAGGGUAUUGAAUUACUGCGAUCAGAUGUUGUUAAGGCGUCCGUAGUUGACGGUGCUAUCACAAAAUCUGUUGGGAGGAAAUUUAGUCUCAACGAGGAGAACGCUUUGGAUCAAUUUAUUGAAAAAUACAUGCAAAUAAGAAACUUAGAUAGACGCCAAAUGUGUGAGAGAAUUUGGUCUACUGACGGUGUCAUAAGAGAUGGAUUUUGGGCAAAUAUUAGCAAAGUUUUGUCUUAUAGAACCAGGUCUUCAAUUUAUAAGCAUAUAAGAAGAAAAUAUCAUAUUUUCGAGCAGCGUGGGAAGUGGACGCCAGAGGAAGAUCAAGAACUUGCGAGACUAUGUAUGGAAAAGGAAGGUCAUUGGACUGAGGUAGGGAAAUUUCUUGGCAGAAUGCCCGAAGAUUGCAGAGAUCGUUGGAGAAACUAUAUGAAAUGUGGUUCAAAAAGGGGCUCCAAAAGGUGGUCAAAGGAAGAAGAAGAAUUACUUACCACGGUAGUAAACGAAAUGAUUGAAGAAGCGCACAGCUAUCAAAGAAUGAAAGAAAUAGAGGCUGCUGAUAAAGAUGAUGAAUACAAUCAAAUGUAUACCAGGGGCCCGAAGGGAAAGAAGAUUAGCGAUAAUCCUACCUUUAAGGAUAUGAUUAAUUGGACUGUGGUCAGUGAACGCAUGAGUGGAACAAGAUCCCGUAUACAGUGCCGCUAUAAAUGGAACAAAUUGGUGACUGAUGAGGCGGCUAAAAGCGUGUUGAGUAUUCCCUUCUCUGAAAAAAAAUGA